ACCACAUUUUUCUAUUGGAUUUUUUUAAUGUUGAAUUUUGCUUUUACUCUCUUCAUUUCGCAUACGCAUACAAUCUUCUCCCUUUUCACAUUGUUUCUGGGAAAUUAACGUGUGCGUUUGUCAUCAAAUUUAUAAAAAAUUUCAAUGUUUUUUACAAGUAUCAAUAUCUCCAGAAAUUAUUCUGACGAAGUUGCAUGGAUUAAAUCACGAAUUUUCACUGCAGCUCUGGCAAGAUGGGUGCUCCAAGGAGAUGGAUCAAUAAAUUGCUUGGUUUGAAGAAAUCAGAGAAAAUAGCAUCUUCGGAGGAGGAACAUAUUUCUGGAAAUGCUGGCUAGAUCAACCAAAGCAAGCCCUAUGUUGAGCCUGAGAAAGGCAGACUAGGGAAUGAGUUGAAAGAGAAUGUGGACAUGUUGACAAUUGAAACAUAAAAAUUAAUGUUGACAAUGUGGACACAGAUUUUGAAGAUGCAAACUGGCAGUGGGAGAUGGAGCAUUCCGGUCCGCCUUCCACUUCACAUCAGGAGAAAAACGCAGCUCGACUCUCAGAGGAUCGGCCGGUGCAGCAAGAUGCAGCUCAGCAGCAACCUCAGGAGGAUUGGAGAGAGGAAUGGAUGGGUGCAUAUGCCAAGGAAGGCAACUUCACGUCAGCUCCGGAUUCACCAAACUCACCCGAGGAGCAAACUGCAGCUGAUCAGCUUGAAGAUGAUGGAACGGAAGGAUGGGCAACACUGGAUGUGAGAGACAUGUUCGAGCCAGAUACUGAUCCAGUUAGUCCACAUUCCAGCUCACCAGAAGUGGAAGAUGCAAACUUCAUGUCAGGUCUCGAUGCAUCUAAUUUCGAGGAGGACCAGAAUAUGCAGGAGGAAUGGGCAAACAUAUGUAUCCAAAACGCUGUUAGAGGUUAUGUGGGGCAAAACGAAACUAAAACUCGACUGCGUAUGAAUGAAGAAUGGGCUGCCAUAUGCAUCCAAGCUGUUUAUAGAGGAUUCAGGACAAGGCGAGCCUUUCGUGCUGUAAAAGGACUGACGAGGCUUCAAGCUCUAGUGAAUGGUCGUACUCUGAAAAGGCAAACUUCCAUUGCCCUACGCUGUAUUCAAGCUUUAGUAAAGGUUCAGGCCCAUUCCCGAGCAAAGCAUGCCGGCUCUACAUUAGAGAAUCAAUCAGUACAAAAGAAGCUAAUGCAACAGCUUGAAGUCGAGGCUCCAGCUAAAAAACCUGGAUUUUUACCGUACACCCAGAAUGGGUGGUGUGACAAGGCUGGCUCUCCUGCUGAAAUCCGAGCAAGUUGGCGGAAAAGGCAGGAGGCUGCUGCUAAGCGCGAAAAAGCAAGAGCAUAUGCUUUGGCUCGUCAGUGGCAGGCCGGGAUAAGGCAGCAGCCGCAGCAACAGCUACAGCAACAGCACGAGAAGGAGCAUGAGGCAACACCUACUGGUGUCCCCACAGUGAAAACUGAGUGGGGCUGGAAAUGGUUGGAGAGGUGGAUGUCUGUUCGCCCAUGGGAAAUGGGCUUCUUAGACGACACUAGUCUUAGAGAUGGAAUGAAGAGUCCUACAAGCGAACGGUUUGCUCUAGUGGAUGCACCAACAUCUCCAUUGACAGAGAGAAAGCCAUUGUCAAGUAAUGGGAACGGAAAACCCAUGCCUCAUUUCAACAUCACCAUUGCGAAAAGUCCUUCAGCGAGGAGGUUAGCCGCUGGGCUGGAAACUCCCAUCUCACCUGUUUCAAGUAGGAGUCCCAGAACACCUGUAAAAAACUCAGCUCCCUCGAGGCCAGGUCUUGGUUCUAGAUCUUUCAGUACUCCUAGCUAGAGAGCGUUCCAGCCUUUUCGGAUUUUCAAAAGAAGAAGUGAUCGUCUCUGCCUGGUAAAGGUCGUCUUCAUAUUGGUUUCCUUCAAUUUGAGAUAGGAACUUGUCACACACUUGCUUAUCCACAAUCUAUUGAAACAAGGCCAGUGCAUGGAGCUAGGCUUCUCGCGCAAACUGCGGUCAACAGCCCCCGGGCUCAAAGUCCUCGGAUCCAUAGCCCCCGGAUUCAAAGUCCUUGCACUCCUCAGAAACCCGGGGGCCCCAGAAGCAACGAUGUCAAGUCCUCAAAGCUCAGCCACUAGCCCGUGUCGACUAACCAGCCUAACUCCUACAUCCACUUUCAUCAGGCACAAAAACACACAUUAUUGGAGUGCAAACCGCCACGAAAAGGGUUCGUCCGUGGCUAAAGUCUCCAAUGGUUGAAGUUGUGAGGGCUAAGAAUGAAAUGCCUGAACUCAACACUUAUUUUGUACAGUACAUGAAUUGUAACUAACCAAUGCUUCAUUUCAACACUAUUUGUAUUGUACAAUAUUGUAGAUAUAAAGUGAUUUUAGUUGAUCCUAAAUUAUUUUUUCGCUAUGCA